AUGGUUCAUUAUUCUCCCACCAAAGCUUGUAUUCUCUUUUUGUAUUUUAUAACACAUCUGAACAUAAAUGAAACAAAAGAUUAUACAAAAGUACUAAAGUUUACCAUCAAGGUUGUGUCUGAACCAAUAGCAGAGACUCUCAGACGCACACCGCAGCAUUUGAGCAGCAAAGUAUCAACCAAAGGGUUACUCUUUUCCCUCUUACCAAACCCUUCAUCUCCUCACGAACAAGACAGCCUCGCUUCAAUCAAGAAUCUCGCCCUUGCCUGUGCUCUUCUCUCUUCUUCCCUCUCUUCCACUCACGAACUCUUCUCAUGGAUCCCCGAAAGCCUCUCACUCAUAGGGUUCUCCGAGAUAUCUAGGGAUUAUUACAAUGGUGGGAAGAUGAGAUUGGUGAUCGAGUUGUUGCCGGUUGUGUUGCCUGAGUUGAAGGAUACGAUCGAAGGGAGCUCGAUGGGUAAGAAGAGUGAUGAUGCAGAGGAUGUUUCAGCUGCAUUGACGAGACAACCUGUUGGUUAUGCUGUCUUAGCUGCUCACCAGCUCAAGUGGUUUGUGACUCAGGUUGAGAAACCGGAACUGGGGAAGCUUUGCAACUUGGUGGUUCCUUGUUCUUUGACAGCACUUGACCAUUGGUCCCCACAAGUCAAAGGGGAGGGUAUGCUAAGCUUUAUUCAUCUACUUAAAAAUGUGAGUUCAAAUGAUCUUGGUUUGUAUGGAGACGUGGUUCUUGAUGCUUGCUGUCAGAAUAUAGCUUCAGAUGAUGAGAUAUGGAUACAUGUGGUAGAGUUAUCUGUGCUUCUUGUGACUAAACUCCAUCCAAAUAAUCCUCGUACCUCAUGGUGCAACUCUUUUUUUUUUCUUUUUCUUGUGUGACUGUCUGCUCCGGCCAAAUGGUUCUGUUUGCUCCAUGUUUUUGAAUGUAUCUUUUUCUUAGGUACGAGAGGUUCAUGAUUCAUGAAUGAGAUGCUGGGCCAUUUGGAACGCCAACCAAGAAACAAAGAGCGGUGUAACGCUUGGCUUAGAUUCGUUGAGCAACUCUUGAAUGCUGUAGGGCUUUUCUUGCUUGCUCAUUUUCGACGUAUUUUUCCUCUUUUCUUUCAGUGGAUGCAUUCAGAUGACGCUGAAACUGUUUUGUUGGUAUGUCUUCAUUCACUUUGCAAAUGUUAUGUAAUAAUGAUUUACAAAAUGGUGAGAUUUGCUAUAAUGCUAUGUUAAGGAUUUUAACAGAGAAUGGAUGUUGGUGUUGAGAAAAAAAGGCUGUACAAGGAAGAGAGAGAGAGAGAGAGAAACUUAUUUUUUUCUAAACAAACCUUAAUUAGAAACAAGAGAAAGAGAGGGUUGGCGAAAGAGGAGGAAAGAAGCUAGCUAGACCACCCGGCGGCAGCGAUUUGAAAUCUCCGGUUUCAUUCGCUGGCCGUGGAAACGCGCAAGGAGAAAAUAGUGUUUAUGUUUUGGCUGUUUCGUCCUUGAGGUGUGAAUCUUGAAGAAGAAGAAGAAGAUUGUAAUGGGGAAGAAAAGAGGUCAUGUCCAUAAUGCUCUCUUCCAACGACGACACCAUGAUUUCUUCUCAGGAUCCUAAACCCAAGAGGAUCUACCAACUCUGGCCCGGCAACAAUGUAUGCCUUGUCUUUCACACCAUGUCCUCUUUGCUUUGCCUGCUCUCACUUUCUCCAUCCGAAUGGCUUUCAUGAUCGGAAUGAGCUAUCCUUUGUUCCACUCUCUUAUACUCAUGGGUUCCCUUUUGCUCACCGUCUUGGAUUUCACAUUUCUCUUCUUAACUUCAUCAAGAGACCCCGGGAUCAUUCCAAGAAACAAAGAAGCACCUGAAGCAGAAGGGCUUGACAUGCUCAGUAAAACAAAGCUACCUGUAACCAAGGAUGUAUUAGUGAACGGCUACACAGUCAAUGUCAAAUUCUGUGAGACUUGUUUGCUUUACCGUCCUCCACGCGCCUCUCACUGCUCAACAUGCAA